UCCUCACUGAGGAUUACUUUGUGUGUCAGUGUGUGUGUAUCACACCUGUGUGCAAUCUUAACUGGAGCUUUAUUUGUAGGAGGAUGUUACCUUGAUACCUGGCUGAGGUGUGUGUGAGAUGUGUAUGAGUUUCUGGAGGAGGUAGAGGAAGAUCUUGUUACAACAGGCGGACAACACAGGUGUAGCAACUUGAUGAUCAUCAUACCUUAGCAGAAAUAUCAGUGAACAAUAGCGGAGAAGGAGAUGGAGUUUCGAUUUGGGCUCAGGAUCUUUUUGGUCCUGACCAUACUGGCUUUGACAUUGUGCGGAGGUGGUGUUAAAGGACAAAGGGCAGGCUGCAAGAACGUCCACUAUGAUCUGGUUUUCAUCUUGGAUACUUCUUCCAGUGUGGGCAAGGAAAACUUUGAGAAGAUCCGCCAGUGGGUGGCAAACCUGGUGGAAUCGUUUGACGUAGGUGUGGAUAAGACGCGUGUGGCUGUGGUCCGUUAUAGUGACCGUCCCACUGCCGAAUUCAACCUGGGCAGGUACAGAACUCUCGGAGAGGUCAAACGUGCUGCUGCAAACAUCCGUUACCUGGGUGGGAACACCAAGACUGGAGAUGCCAUCAGCUUCACCGUUAAUAACAUCUUCACUGAGAGGGCAGGGGCACGGCCUGCCGCCAAGGGCUUUCAGAAAGUGGCGAUCUUGCUAACGGACGGCAAGAGUCAGGAUUUUGUUUUGGAGCCAUCUGUAGCAGCAGCAGCUGCUGGGAUCAGGUUGUUCGCUGUGGGGAUUGGAGAAGCUUUGAAGGAGGAGCUAGAGGAGAUUGCAGCAGAGCCCAAAAAUGCUCAUGUGUUCCAUGUGACAGACUUUGACGCGAUUGACAAGAUCAGGGGCAGGUUGAGGAGGCGACUCUGUGAGAAUGUUCUGUGUCCCAACAUGAAAGUUCAAGCGGGCCGUUUUAGGCCGAAUAGUACCAGUGCAGGACAUUUGGAGGUGCCAGGUUUUGAUUUGAUGGAAUAUUUCAAUGUGAGAGAUUUUCUUGGGGAGAAGUUUGAGCCAGGUCAGACUCCCUAUGUUCGGCUUGGUACCAUGCCCAUAGUCCAAAAAACAGAAGAUGUGUUGCCUCAAGGUCUACCUGAUGAAUAUGCCUUUGUGACUACAUUCAAGUUCAGAAAGACCUCUCGUAAAGAAGACUGGUACCUGUGGCAGGUCUAUGACAAAUAUGGCAUCCCACAGGUCUCAAUCCGUCUUGACGGCGAGAACAAAGCAGUGGAGUACAAUGCGGUAGGCCUGACGAAGGACGCUGUCCGGGCGGUCUUUAAAAACCCAGAAGUGGACAACCUGUUUGACCGUAACUGGCAUAAGAUCGGCAUGAGGGUGGACUCCAAGUCUGUGUCCCUGUUUCUGGACUGUAAACACAUUGCGUCGCUGCCCAUAGAGGACAGAGAAGACAUCGACAUCCAGGGAAAGACCGUCAUCGGCAAGAGACUCUACGACAGCGUUCCCAUCGAUUUUGACCUCCAGAGAAUGGUGAUCUACUGUGAUGGUAAACAGGCAGAGCAAGAGGCAUGUUGUGAUAUUCCUGGUGGCCCUUGUGAACAAUCUCUGGUGACCGAGGCCCCCCCACUCCCUUUGCCCACCCCAAAACCAACAAGUGCUGAGCAGAAGAAACCAGCCGUAGUGAACUGCUCCUGCCCUGCAGGGGAAAGGGGCGAGACAGGCCCACCAGGUGCCGCGGGGCCCAAGGGCGAAAAGGGGGAUCUUGGUCUAAAAGGGGCUGAAGGACCACCAGGACUUAAGGGGCUGAAAGGAGAACGUGGUCAGGCUGUCUCUAUCAAAGGUGAUAGAGGGGAGAAGGGGGACAAUGGCGAGCGUGGUGAACAUGGAGCCAGAGGAGAUAAGGGCGAGAGAGGAUCAGAUGGUUUAGCAGGUCUGGCUGGGAAACAAGGAGAUAAGGGAGAGAAAGGUGAGCGAGGGCUCUCAGGUGAAGCUGGGUUACCUGGACCUCUUGGACUGAAGGGUAUCCAAGGUAACGCUGGUCCUCCCGGAGCGCCCGGUCCUCAAGGGGUAUCUGGUGGCGCAGGAGUAAAAGGAGAGAAAGGAUUACCUGGAGAUCAGGGUGAGCCAGGUUUAGACGGGUUUCCAGGGAAACCUGGUGUUCCAGGAAAAGAUGGUCUUAGGGGGUUAAUUGGUUCUCCUGGCUCAAAUGGAUUCAAAGGAGAGAAGGGAGAAAGAGGCCUGGCUGGAAUACCAGGUGAUGCGGUUCAGCUGGCAGGACUCAAGGGGGAGACUGGUGUCUCUGGCCCACAAGGGCCCCCAGGGGCAGAUGGCCCUCCUGGACCUCCUGGCCCACCUGGACCCCCAGGUUUGGCUGGAGAGCCUGGCGAGAAUGGACAAAGGGGUAAAAAAGGAGACGGAGGAUUGCCUGGAGUUGAUGGUCUCCCAGGACUACCUGGUCCUCAAGGGCCUAUUGGACCUGCUGGUAGCCCUGGGCAGACGGGACCUCCAGGAUUACCUGGUGAAAUUGGAUUCUCAGGAAAAGCAGGAGAACCAGGAAAACCAGGCUUGGCAGGAAAGGAUGGACAAAAUGGUUUCCCUGGAAACGAUGGAGAAAAGGGGCAAAGAGGAGAACCUGGACAGGACGGCUUUGCUGGAAAUCCUGGCUCGAAGGGAGACGAAGGCCCUCCGGGACCACGCGGACCUGCUGGUGAUCCGGGAGUGCCUGGUUUAACUGGGCAGGCUGGCCCAAUGGGACCCAAAGGAGAGAGAGGAGGCCAGGGUGAGAGGGGAAGAGAUGGACCAAAUGGAGCAAAAGGAGAGAAAGGAGACAAGGGUGAGAUAGGCCCCAGAGGGCCAGCAGGGACCCCAGGAAAUGUGGCCAAUGUGAUCCCUGAACCAGGUGAACCGGGUAAGCCUGGAGAGAAAGGAGAGAAAGGGGACCAAGGAAAACCAGGCGAGAUGGGUCAAAGAGGACUUCCUGGAGAGCAGGGCUUCAGAGGACAACCAGGGCCUCUGGGUCCUAAGGGUGAGUCAGGUGAUAAAGGAGAAGCCGGGAGAAACGGAGAUCCAGGUCCACCAGGAUUGACGGGCCCUCAGGGGCUCCGAGGGCUGCCAGGCAAUGUGGGUAUUCCGGGCAGUAUCGGUCCACCUGGUAUUGCAGGACAGAGAGGAGAGAAGGGUGAUGCAGGCAAAGAUGGUCCCUCUGGACCCCCGGGCCCAACUGGUGAGCCAGGUUUUAGAGGAGAAAUUGGUUUACCAGGAAAAGGCAAAGAAGGAGAAAAGGGUGAUGCUGGACCUCCGGCAGCCGGCCCUCCUGGACUGAAGGGUCUGCCUGGUCCUCAGGGAAUGCAGGGGAUGCCAGGGAACAGAGGACCCCCAGGAGAAGGGACCACUGGACCCCCAGGGCCUCCUGGACCAUCGGGACCACCAGGAGCAGCGGGUUUGAGAGGACCUUCUGGAGUGGCCGGACCACAUGGACCUGCGGGACACAACGGGUUGCCAGGAAGACCUGGAGAGAAGGGCUCCCCUGGAGAACCGGGAAAAGCUGCAGACCUUAAUGAUCUGAACCUGAAGGACAUUUGUUCAGAUUGUCCUCCAGGACCGGCUGGACCCCCGGGUAUGCCUGGAGCUCCAGGUGAAAAAGGUCAUUCUGGGCCACCUGGGAAAAAUGGACAGGAUGGGUAUCAGGGUCCAUCUGGACCAGUAGGACCUGCAGGGCCACCUGGUGGUGAUGGUACUAAGGGCGUCAAAGGUGACAGAGGACCUCCAGGUACAGCAGGAGAGAAAGGCGAAAAGGGGCCCCCAGGACCUCCUGGAUAUCCAGGGGCAGCGGGAGCCAUGGGUCAACCUGGUAAUGAUGGAAAUCCAGGGCCUAUUGGGCCACCAGGAAGUCCUGGAGAAAAGGGUAAAGAAGGGCUGAAGGGAAUCCAGGGACCUCCGGGUCUACCAGGUUUAAUGGGCAUGAUGGGUAAACCUGGAAAGGACGGAAGAGCAGGAGAACCAGGAGAGCCGGGCAAGCAGGGUGAGAACGGAGCACCAGGCAGAGAUGGACUCAGAGGAAUGCCUGGUUUCAAAGGUCAUAGAGGGGAACCAGGAGAACCAGGGUCAAAGGGCGAAGAAGGGAAGCAGGGAUCUUCUGGACGUGAAGGUCCACCUGGGAAAGAUGGUAACACAGGACCACCGGGGCCAGAAGGCAUGAGGGGGCCAAGAGGAGAAUCGGGUCAACCAGGAGAGCCAGGAGCACAAGGCAAGCCUGGAGUUCAGGGAAAUCUGGGUCAGCCGGGACACAAAGGUGAGGCGGGGAGCCCAGGAUUACCCGGUUUUCUAGGCCCAAAAGGACCAUCGGGUCCACAUGGUCCAAUUGGCCCGGAGGGCAAACAAGGUAUGCCAGGAAAACCAGGAGACAGAGGACACAAAGGAGACAAGGGUGAUAAUGGAAUUAAGGGAGACAAAGGACCCACUGGAGAUCCAGGCAUGCCAGGUCAACCUGGGACUCCAGGAAGGAAGGGUCACACAGGGAUGAUGGGUAUGGCAGGACCCCCUGGGGAAGUGGGUCCCGCUGGAUCCCCUGGUCAGCCAGGACAGUCGGGUCUCCCGGGAAUCAGAGGCGAGACGCCAUCAAUGGAACAAAUGCGGCGGCUCAUUCAAGAGGAACUAGCGAAACAAUUAGAUGCAAAGUUGGCAUACUUCAUGGCUCAAAUGCAGCCCGCUCAUAUCAAGAGCCCAGCUGGACGUCCCGGGCCACCUGGUUCACCAGGUAAAGAAGGAUCCCCUGGCCGACAAGGCUUGCCUGGAGAGCCUGGGAUACCUGGACAAAACGGAGCAGAGGGACCCAGAGGCCCUAUGGGUCCUAAAGGUGAACGUGGAGCAAGAGGUGAAAAGGGAGAGGACGGUGUUGGACAGAGAGGAGAACCUGGUCCAACUGGUCCCAUUGGUCCUGCAGGAAUGCCAGGUUAUGGAAAAGAUGGUCUUCCUGGAUCUGCGGGAGCUCAGGGAGAGCCUGGUCAUCCUGGCCCUCACGGUCAGCCUGGGCCAUCGGGCCCGCCAGGCCAGUGUGACCCCUCCCAGUGUGCAUACUAUGCCAGCCUGGCCUCAAGACCUCACACUAAAAAUGUCAAGGGGACUUAAUGCACUUAUUACUGUCCUGGUCUAGCAGCUAAUUAUGAACUUGGACAUUCAUUAAGCCAAGAAUAUCUUCUCUUAAGAUCAAGAAAACUCCAGUCUGGAGUGUCUGAGGGAUGUGUGAGUGUGUGCGUGUGUGUGUGUUUGUUUCUAAUAGGUUUUUCACACUGUGCUAAACCUUGGGUUAGCGUAAUUUUUAACACCAGGUUUUGGCCACUUUCAACCCUAGGGUUAGGCGAUGUUUCACAUUUGUAAUUUUGAAAGGGUGAUAGUGUUUUUAACCCUGGGUUACGAAGCCCUGCUCCACCGCACAGUUAGCAUCGCUUUAUGAUGAAUAAUGUAUAAAGUGGGAAACAAUAUGGUAAAAAAAUCUUAUGCUGAGUUGUAUAGCAUUAGACUACCAAAGAAAGACUAACAGAAACACAUCGAGACGUUUUGAAGUUGUGUUUUCCAGGCUUGGAAAAGUUCACAUACAUGAAUAUACACUCACUUAGAAAUUUAUUAGGAACACUAUGGUCCAAAUAAAGUGCCUGAUGUGGUCUUCUGCUGUUGUAGCCGAUUUGUCAAUGUGCAACGUAUUUGUGCAUUCUGGGAUGCUAUUGUGCUCACCAGGGCUGGACUGGGAAGAAAAAUCGGCCCGGGAUUUUAAAUAGCAACUGGCCUAAAAGUUGUUGGGGGCGGGGUGGCGCUGUCUUUUUCUGCAUAUCAUGGUGCCGUUUUGUGGUCUGUUAAGCAUAACGCGCGGCUCAUUUUAUCUUAUCACGGCGCAUUUGGGCACCGGCCUUCUCGGUUCUCCCAAUGGCCAGUCAGCCCCUGAUCGGCCCCAAAGUGCGUCGGCCCACCGGGAUAUUUGUCUGGUAUGCCAGAUUACCAGUCCAGCCCUGGUGCUCACUACAAUUGUACAAAGCAGUUAUCUGAGUUACCGUAGCCUUUAUGUCAGCUCGAACCUGUCUGGCCAUUCCAUGUUGUCCUCUCUCAACAAGCUGUUUCCGUCAGCAGAACUGUUGCUCACGGGAUGUUUUUUGUUUCUAGCACCAUUCUGAGCAACCUAUAAAGACUGUUGUGCAUGAAAAUCCCAGGAGAUCAGCAGUUACAGAAAUACUCAAACCAGCCCAUCUGGUACCAACAAUCAUGCCAAGGUCCAAAUCAAUGAUAUCAAAAUUUUUUUCCCAAAUCUGAUGGUUGAUGUGAACAUUAACUGAAGCUCCUAAUCCGUAUCUGCAUGAUUUUAUGUUUUGCACUGCAGCCACACGAUUGGUUGAUUAGAUAAUUGCAGGAAUAUGUAGAUGUACAGGUGUUCCUAAUAAAGUGGCCUGUGAGUGUAUAUUUUUCUAGUCAUGUGUGGCACCAAAAAAAAACAAUCAACGAGAUAUUGUUCCAUUGUGUAGAGGUCUGCAACAUGACCCGGGCCAGAUGAGACCUGGUUCGGGUCAGUUUUUUAAGUAGGACUUCAGGUGUGGGUCGGGUUUGUAAUUAAUAAAAAAAAAUAAACAGGCUUACUGAACUUUUCAUGCACAAGCUCUCAAUCACAGACAUGCGCAAAUGGAUGCGUUAUGGGCCGUUCACACCGAAUGUGUUUUUUCCCAUGUCUAUUCUGUUUCCCAUUGUUUAAACACAUGCUGGAUGAAUGUCUUUGACAUUUGCACCACAUCAUUUCCUUGCAUAAAAUAUAGCCUAUUGCAACAGGACUUGCUAGGAGAAGAAAUUAGAUGGUAAGCAAUUUCAGGUCGGGUUAGGGCUUAAAAUCUGAUGGUAUCAUUCGGGCCAGUUAGGGUUGGGCCAAAAGGUCUCUGGUUCGGGUCGGGUUUCAUUUUAAGGCCCGUGCAGACAUCUAGUGUAAAGUAAAAUCCAAAGUGAUUCGACGAAUAGGCGAAUAGGGGUGAACACAUUACAAAACAUAUGGGGCAGUGGUGGCUUAGUGGUUGAGGCUCAGGGUUACUGAGGUUCUGGUUCAAGCCCCAGCACCACCAAAAUGCCACUGUUGGGCCCUUGAGCAAGGCACUUAACUCCAGGUUGCUCCAGAGGGAUUGUCCCUGUAAUAAGUGCACUGUAAGUCGCUUUGGAUAAAAGCGUCUGCCAAAUGCAUAAAUGUAAAUGUAAAUUUCACUAUUGACGAAUCCCCGGCGACUCUGAUAGGACUCUAAAUUAUGAGUACAUGCGAGAAGUGAUAAGAGAUACGAAAACAUACAUGAUCAUAUGUUAAGCAUUUCAGAAUAUGAUGUGUAUGUUUUUAUUCAUAUAUUUUAUUGGUUACAAUAUGAAAAAGUAGCUCCUACUGAAAAAUCGACCUAUUUGCUUACAAUUUCUCUCCAACUCUUCUCUUUCUCCACCCGGUUGUGGGACUGUUCAGAGGAAAUCUCAAAUAGGCACUGGUGCUCCUGCCAAUAUUCACAAAUUUUUCCUCCAUUUCUUUGGUCCAAUGAGACUUUCUUGAUACCGCAGCCAUGCUAGUUGAUGUUCUGUUGCAGGUACAUCAGGACUCCUCCCACUGAAACUGCCCGUGUCCCGUUUCUUGCUCUCUCAUUGGCUGUAGGUCAACACUGCAGUUGUAUUCAGUCAAAACAUAUUUCACAUUGCACGAUUUGGAAUCGCAGACAGGUCCAGAUAUUUAACAUUCUAGAUAACUCGCUGACAUCAGCGAAGCAUUGGCGCUUCUCUCAAAUUGCGUCUUUGAUAGUUCACAUAUUGCAUUCGUCGCUCAUGGGAGCGAGCUCUGAUUUGCCUAUGAUUUACAUUUUUUGUCUGCGAUCUCAACAAAACUGUCGGCGAGCGAAAAUCAGGUUUUAAAUCGUGUAAACUCGCCAUUAGUCAGACUGAAAUUGUACCAGUCCGAUUUUUGCGGACUAAUAGACUAAUAGACCAAGAUAAUGCGAUUGCAAUAUGGCUUUGUCCAGCAUGUAAACACCUUAAUCGAACCCCAAUCGGACCUCUGUGUUAUGCAUUGACUCGCAACACGUGACACAUUCGAUUAUGCAUUGUGUCAUGAGUACUUGCUGAAGACUGUAGCUGGACUACGCUUGAUGAGAACUGCGCAUGUAAACGGAGAGUGAACGCAUUAACUGGAUAUUAUUUUUACAAUCCAGUCAGAGCUAUUGACCUCAUAAACAUGCAAGAAAGAACAUUAACCCAGGGUUUACAAAAGUACAGUGUAAUAUCGCAGGAACCGGAGUACCCGGGAUAAAUUUCUAGCCCAGAAUGAAGAGUGUGAAACAUUGAACAAGAUAACCCAGGGUUAAAAAUGGCCCUCCGUCAACCAUUUCAAGUGUGAAAAGCCCAUAAAUGUCCUGCCGUCUGAGGUAGAUAUAAUGUUUUUAAAGUGUCGAGGUGAUAUUUAGGAGUUUUCAGUCAGGGUAUUUACUUCAAAUCAAGACGUUAAGGUUUUUCAUUCAACAGGGCAAGGUUCCUGUUACGAAGGAAAACAUGUACUACCUUGAUGAUGUCAUGGGUUUGCUGACGCUGUUUGGUCAGUCAUCAAGGUAUUGAUCCAUUGUUAACAACGCCUGAACCAAGUCAGGAUGUGUUUAUCAAGCCUGGGGAAUUCUCUACUUGAGUUAUAUUGAUGAAGUGCUCUGUUCCGCUGGGAAAAACACUGCAGGGCGUUAUAUCCUACUUGGUCUCAACAAGAUUUCUUUUUGAAGGUACUGAUAAAUGUGGGCAAAUGCAUACAGUGCCUUUUAACUGCUCUUUUUUUUAAUAUAGCCAAUGGUUUGUAAGAUAUAUCUCUUUUUAUAAGACAUGAAUCGUGAGGAUAAUAUGCAGUUUUAUCAUUUAGAUCAUUAAACUUUCAUUUUUUCAAUGAUUGACUUUUGUUUCCUCAGGCAGUUUUUCACGCUUUUAUACUUUUAAAGAGAAUUCAAAGCCUUUAUUUGUAACUGCAGCAUAGACGGAUUUUCAUAUAAAAUUACAACUGAUGGGAUAAAGAAAUAUUCUGGGCUUAAUCAACAGCAUUUGUGGCAUAAUGUUGAUUACCAUAACAAAAUAACUUUGACUCGUCCCUUCUUUUCUUUUAAAAAAGCAAAAAUCGAAGUUACAUUGAGGCACUUAUAAUGAAAUUGAAUGGAGCCCAUUUUUGGAGGGAUUAAAGGCAGAAAUGUGAAGAUUAUUAUUUUAUAUGAGCACUUACAUUAAUUCUUCUGUAAGUUGUUGACAUUUUUGUUUUCAUGAUGGUUUUAUGGUUUACGGCAUCACGUUACAUGCCAACGAAGUUGUAAAAUUUUCUAUAACUUUAAACAGAGAAGGUUAUUAAGCGAUUUGAUCACUAAAAUAAUGUUAACACGCAUAUUGUUUCUGAAACUGUGAGUAUUUUAAUGUUUACCUUUUUUAAUAGUUUAAUUCAAGCACAGCUUAUUAGUCCAAUUAAUAUUACCAAGAAACGCGGUCAAUGCAUAGAUGGCGUCUCUGAUCAUAUCAUUUAUAUCAGUUAUAUCUUGCAUUUUACUUUCAAAUGGCCAUGUUGUUGUUGUUGUUUUUGUUGUUGUUGUUGUUAUUAUGAUGACCCUGGAACACAAAGUCCUAGUAUCAAGCAGUACCAUCAUUUGUCCCACAGAAUGCUGACGGAUUGAUAUUGCAGAUUGCGAUUGUGAGCAAAUUAAAGUCAUUGAAAGAAGUGAGACUCAAACUCGCUCUCUUCAUCACGCAAACAAAAAUGCAAUUGAUCUUAAACUGACGAGUGUCUGAAUGUCAAUGAGAAGGUCAAGAAUUGAUUCAUACCUGCAAAAAUCCUUUGAGCAUUUAGUUUUUGAGUUAGCUUGAUUGAUUGAUUGAUUGAUUGAAAUGGCAAAAUCCAAGAAAAGGGAAUUUUUCCAUUUAUUUGCAUUUUAUUUAGAUUUUUUUUUGCAAAAGGUUAUAAUUUUAAGAUCUGUUCAUUGUAGUUUUUAUCCUCAUUAUAGGUGCUGUAAAUUACAGACAUAUUUCAGAAACAAUGCCGUAGAGCGGGGACCGGUGUGUGUUGUUCAAGCCCGGCCCCGCGCUGCUCCUCUUUACAAAUGCAUACUCAAGUUUGCAGAAUUAGCCAAAUUUCUUUGAAGGGCGAGGUCUUCGAAAGACUAUCCAAAACUACUAAAAUUGGUUACAGCACCUUUAAAGGAAUUUUCUGGGUUCAGAACAAGUUAUAAUAUACUAAUAAACAAGCAACAAAAUGUAUAAAUAAACAUUUUAUUUUAUUUAUACAUUUUUUAAAGAGCAAAUACUUUUCCUUAAAAUGUAUGUCCUCAUAUGUGGACAGCGAGACUUAAGUUGUGUAUUUUUAAAUAAUACCAAGCUAUAGAAAGAAAUAGUUUGUGUCCAGGAGUGUUGGUUAUUCGUGUUUUUGCCGCAGAGGUCAUUAUCUCAGUAAAUAAAAGAAUCUCUGCACACACACACAACAGCGCUUCAAUGACGAAAAGAUGGAGAAAGGACCUCUUAAUGAUAUUUGAUGAACAAAACAAGCCCAGGUGGCAUUUUAAUUACAACAGAAGUUUGUAGUCUUAACUAGCACGAAAAUCCAGAAUGAGACGUUUUUGUCUGCAAGCGCUCUUCACGUUGAGUUCAAAGCACCACUGACGUUGACACCCUGAUGCGAAUCAUGAACGCAGUUUCACGAUUGCUGUAGGAAAGUGGAUAGCCACAGUCUACCGACAGAUUUAUAUUGUGGACGAUGAGAGUUUAAGAUAUUUAAUGUGCCAUGAAAUAAAUAUGCAACCUAUGGGGAGACUAGUUCUUUUAAUUAGUCAGACUCCCACUUAGACUUUGGUAAAUGUUUAAUGUUACUUGAAUUGCUAUUUUAGGGCAUUUCUAUCUUUAUGCUGCAGAAGGCUUUGUUUGGAAAAUUUUAAUAAAGCAUGAUUUUGUUACAUUUUGGGGUUUUUUUCUACCCUAAGAUGGAAAUAAAUGUAUUUUGACAGGAAAGUCAAGCGUAUAUAUGGUGUAAAAUUUCAGCAUUUUCAAAAUCUGUAAUUAAUCACUAUUAACUAUAAAAAUUAUAUGAUAAAAAUAUUGAAAAAACUGACAGUACUACCCUUAAAUGACUCUAAAAAUGACAAUUUAAACAACUUACAGUUAAAAUAAUAUGCAAGUUAUAACAAGGAUUAAUGUAAGUGCUUUUAUAAAAUUAUAAGCUUCACAUUUCUGCCUUUUAAACCCUCCUAAAUUUGGCCCCAUUCACUUCCAUUGAAAAUACCUCACUGUAACCUAGAUUUUUGCUUUUGUUUUGUUUUUUGUUUUUUUAAAGCAAACGAGGGAUGCAUUGAAAUAUAUUUAGUGGUGCCACAAAUGCUUUCGAUUGAGCUUAACCUGUAUUAAACCCGGACUAAUCCUUUAAAGAGGUCAUGACAUGCCUUUUUUAUUACUUUAACAUAUUCUUUGAGG